GUGAUCAGUUGCCAAACAAACGCUCGAGAGCGUGGACGAGAUCUUGCCAAACGAAUAUCGCUCAAAGGCAGAACGGGUUAAAUCGGUUCGGUUUGGACUGGUGUUCCGAUCUGGCCAAAAAACACCUUUGUGUGUACAGGAAUCAUCAACAUUGUCACCAGUGCACCAAACAGGCUUGCCGACAGUCGCAGUUGCAGCUUACGCUUUUGGUAAAGAUGUACAUACUGGAGUUUUGCCCAAAUUUGUAGGCGCGGGCGUGACACGCCCGACAUGCUUCAUGCGCCGACCUUGCAGUUGAUGCUUAAGUGUUCGGGGCUUUCGUGCUGCAUAGUUGUGCACGCAGCCAUCUCUUGGCCGUACGAAACUGGUUUUGUUUCCUUUGCCCGCCUAGAUGCUACCCACAUAAAUAUGCAAACAAGCGCCGUAUGUAUGUGAGACCGUAGUCCGUAGUACAUGGUCUCAGACCUAGCCAGCUAUGACGGAUAAGUUGUCAUUAACCAUAAUGACGCGUGCGGAGCGGGUCAAAUAUUUGGCAACCGUGUUCUAACGAAUUUCGUUGGUUUUUCCUUAGGCGUACGAAUGAAAUCGGCAACAAAACAGAGGCACGAUGCCGCGCAAGUUGCUUAAAUUCCUUAUCAUCUUCGACAACACUUCCCUCCUGUACUUCCCGGGCCAGUUUCUCUCCGGACGGGUUCUAAUCGAAUUGCAGGAUGAGACGCCUGCUUUGGGACUUCAUUUCCAUGUGGUAGGCGAAGGGGUCGUGCGCAACGGGCGGCGACAGGAGCGGACAUACGAUAAGGAGAACUAUAUCGACUUUCGGAUGCGACUUCUGGGGGACGUAGACCAAGGAGGUCCAGCUAUACUCUCGCCAGGAAUUCACAGCUUCCCCUUCAAACUCGGCUUGCCACUGGGUCUUCCAUCUACAUUUCUCGGUCGGUACGGCUGGAUUCAGUUCUACUGCAAGGCGGCGCUCCGCGAGAACAAUGGCAUUAUCCAUAAGAACCACCAGGUCUUCAUUGUGAUGAAUCCCAUCGACCUAAACCUUGAAAAGCCCAUCUUAGCACAACCGUUCACCUGCGAAGUUGAGCACAAGCUAGGCGUCGUCUGUGUUGGUGGAGGUCAGAUAAAGUGCAGAGUGUCCCUUGAUCGCGGUGGGUAUGUGCCCGGCGAGAAUAUUCUGGUCACCGCAUUUAUAUCCAACUACAGUAAUGUGUCCAUUAAACGGACUAAGGCAUCCCUCACUGAGACCAUCGAGUAUUUGGCGCGGGGGAAGGUGGUGCAAACGGAAAAACGGGAGCUGGCUGUUUUAGUUCGUGGCAAGAUCCGUCCGGGGGCCAAAGACGAGUGGCACAACGAGCUUUACGUUCCACCCCUGCCGCCGACCAAUCUUCAUGGCUGCCACCUGAUCAAAAUAUCCUACGACGUCUUCUUCGUGAUCGAACCCAAGUCCAUGGAGAAGGAGAUUAAGCUACAGCUUCCUAUCGUGCUUGCGACGUACCCCUUUCGACACUCCGGUGAUGCGGUCAAUGCCAACACCUGGCCGGAAUCGGUGCUUAAGCCGGACACGCACACCCACUAUCCGUCCACACUACCCAUAUUCCGGCCCUGGCUGCACGAGAAGCCUAUCGAGGCAUAGCCCGCAGCUUUUAGGAUUGCUGUGUAUCACAACUUGUUAAGACCGAUUUGCGCCAUACAACAAUUUAAACUUAUUUAACUUAUACUUAACGUUUUUUAAUGUUUCUGGUCUUUGCAUUUGUAGGUCUUCCGUUCCCAAAAAUUUGUUCAUGAUUGAAGAAUUUAUAACAAAUACAAACGAAAGUUAACAUAAAGACCAGACUUUGAUAAAUUAUAAUUAGCUCAUAUACAUAACUUUUUAUAAAACCUAAAUAUUGUAGGUUAUAUAUUAUUAAAAUGGUAAAACUGCACUCAUUAACCUUCUAACUACUACUAAAUGGUUAUAAUAAUAAUAAUAAUCCCAAAAGUAUGGUUGUUGAAAUUGAAAUAAAUUGUUUAAAACGUU